AUGACAGCUAACUAUUCUAUCCAAACCACAAAACUUAACAACGAUGGAUGUACAACUCGACAAGUGGAUCCCGUAUUGGAAACAAAGGACAAAUAUGACUUUGGCUAUAUUGAACGUACAGUCUACGAAUUUGCUGACUCAGACGAUACCUUGGGACCUCAGGUGAAAGAAGCAUUGAGUGUAAUUGAACAAACCUACAAAACUUAUGGUCUAGAUGCAACCGCUCUGUCUUUUAAUGGAGGCAAGGAUUGUACUGUCUUACUUCAUCUCGUUGUCGCAGUCCUGUCUCGCUUACACAAGGACAGACAGCAUCUGAGGACAGUAUUUGUGACAUGCCCAAACCCAUUUCCUCAUGUGGAUGCGUUUGUGAAUGUGUGUACUCGUCGAUACCACCUCGAUUGUAUUGCAAUUCCUGGACCUAUGCGUCCUGCACUUCAAGAAUUUCUCAGUUGCUCUUCUCCAAGUCCAAAAGCAAUCUUUGUAGGAAUUCGACGCAAUGAUCCAUACGCAGAAACCUUGACUCAUUUCAACAAGACCGACAAGGGUUGGCCAGAUUUCAUGCGUGUCCAUCCAAUCAUCGAUUGGACCUAUAAAGAUAUCUGGGGUUUCCUGUUGAAGCUGCGGAUACCAUAUUGUUCUCUUUAUGAUUAUGGGGGUGUGGGAAAGGAAGGAUGUGAAGUAGGUUAUACUUCUUUAGGAAGUAUGGAAAACACACACCCCAAUCCACAACUACGAAAUGAAUCAGGAGAUGGAUUCAAACCAGCGUACAUGCUCCAGGAUGAGACAUAUGAACGCUGUGGAAGAGUUGGUUCAUCUGUAUCAUAG